AUGUUUCGUCUUUGUUGCACUACUGCAAAAGUUGCAAAAGUUGUAACAAAAGUUGGUGAAAUUGUUGGAACAAAUGUGAAGUUAAACAUAGAUGGAGUUCCAUACGAAGUUAACCAGUUUCUUGGAAUACAUUACGCUAAACCACCCGUGGGAGAUCUCAGAUUCCGGAAGCCGGAACCGUACGGAGAACUAAAUUCUCCCUAUCAUGCUUCCAGCUAUGGAUAUAUUUGUUCACAGGUAUACAACCCACUGGAACCGGUUUUCGGCACAGAGGAUGAAGACUGUUUGCAUCUGAAUGUUUUUGUACCUGUAGGUCAAGAAUCCGAUGAAGCCAGUGGAAAUGCGGUCAUGGUCCGGAUACAUGGUGGAGCAUUCAUUCUUGGAUCUUCGGAGGAGUUCGAUCCAAAAGCGCUGUGUUCAGCUGGUAAUGUAAUUGUAGUAACAUUCAACUACAGGCUUGGACCAUUAGGUUUUCUCAGUACCAAGGAUUCUAACUUGGUAAGUAAUCUAGGACUUUGGGACCAGCAUCUUGUGUUAAACUGGGUACGGGACAAUAUCGGGUCAUUUGGCGGCGAUACAAACAGAAUUACCGUAUUUGGUGAAGGCACGAGCGCUGUCAGUGCUGUUAUACAAGGAACGUAUCCCGGUAGUGUCGGACUGUUUCACAGAAUUAUUGCCGAGAGCGGAUCACCCUCUGUGAGAGCAAUGAACUGUUCAAGAAAUUCUCGAGGCCAGGUGAUGAAUAUAGCGGAUCGAUUGGGAUGCACGUCAGACGACACCGCCAAAGUUCUUCAGUGUCUGCGAACCAUACCAUGGAGAAAAUACAUGGCUGAGUUGUUGAUGGGGAUUUUUUAA